AUGAGUAACAAUUCAACUUGGUGGAACGUAUUGGAAAAUGUCUUUGAGAAUCAGGCAAAACUCAUCAAUUUAUUAUUGUAUGGUCUCGGAUUGAAUGCAUUGGAUGGUCAACAACAACAACAAGUACCACCAACUUCAAGAGGUGGUAAUGCUGGAAACUUUCCGACUACAAAGAAUGUUGUUCAAGAAUUUAUAAAUUCCAACUUUGAUUUUGAUAUAUUAUUUAAAUAUGGACGUCAAGGAUGGGAUCAAUUUAAAUCGGAUACCUCUGCAUUUGUCAAUGGUGUUUAUUGGAGAGAUGAGGUUUGGUUACAAGGACUUAUUGCUAUGCAUAUUGUACUUUUUAUUUGUAUUAUAAUGUCUAGAAGAAAUAUGAAUAUUCAAGCUGUUUUAUUUGCCAUUAUUUGCUUUAUGACAUACAUGUCAGAAACUUUGAAUAGAUGGUGUGGAAUGAAUUGGAAAUCCUUCUCAACACUUAAUUAUUUCGAUUCACGCGGUUUCUUUGCUGCAGUUGUGUAUGCCUUCCCUCUAUUAUUCUUAUUGGUGAUCAUUGUGAUCAACAUGUUGAUAACCUCUGCUUCAAUGGUUGUACAAGUGAAGAGAAGACAAUUGAACAUUCAAGCAGAAAAGAAAGCCAAGACAGCUACAUCCAAAAAGAAUGAUUGA